AUGGAGAUUUCAGAGGUGGAGAUGCAGAAAAAAGCUCAAGCUGUACUUGAUGGUGUUUUGCAGCGUGUCUCUCGCAUCCUCAACGAGCGGGCUGGGCAGCCGGCAGAGGAAGAGCCGGCAGCAGAACUGGACGAUUUCGACCCGAACGAUCCAGACCUACUUCUGCGACCAUCUGACAACAUACUUACACGACGAGAUUCCAGGUGUAUCAUUAUGGAUGCCUUCGAGCUUGGGCGUGAAUUUCCAGAGGUUGACAUCGACCCACGAUUGGUCUUCGACAACCCCACCAUAGAACAGCUUUCUCAGGCAAUUGUGGACUUGCCAAAGACUCAGAGGACGAAGAGCCUCGAAAGUCAGAGCACUGCACAUCCGCAUGCCGGUCAUGACUUGGCGCCCUUUACACAGCUCACUGCUGGAGCGGUGACUGUAGCGUCGACCCCUUACAAGGCCGUCGACACCUCAGGGCUUCGCUUCUCACGCGCGACCGAUGGCAUGGAAUGCAUACGAGUUCCCGGCGGUGAAGUCCGCGUUGGAGACGACUCCAUGCAGAGCGAGCGUGACAAUGAGGGCCCGAGUCAUCCGGUACACCUGAGCAGCUUCCUGAUGGAUGUUGAGCCGGUGAGCAUGGGUGCCUUUGCACGCUUCCUCAACGCCGCGCAGCCGACACAGGACGAGCUCUUUGACUGGUGCCUUCUGCCAGCUGAAGAUGCGAGAUGCUGCCACAUCCCCCUCACACUCACGGAGACCGGUUGGCAGGUGAAGCCUGGAGUGCCCCCAAACUGGCCAAUGAUCCUCGUGUCCUGGUAUGGUGCCAAUGCCUACGCACUCUGGGCACAUGGCCGCGACUGGCACGGCUACAAAAGUGCGAAAGAGAGCUUUCUCCCCACAGAGGCUCAGUGGGAGUAUGCCGCCCGUGGUGCCGAGCCGCUACAGUAUCCAUGGGGCAACGAGGAAGCAACAGCCGAGUUGCUUAAUGUUUGCUGGGAUACAAGCGCAUACGACAACAAGGGUAACAUGGCGGCCCAUGUCGCCGCUCCUCUGGAGGAGCUACCCCUCGUGGGUGUGAAUGCAUGCUUGGGAGUAUCUCCCUUUGGUUUCAGAGGAAUGGCUGGCAAUGUGUGGCAGUGGUGUCGCGACACGUACCAUAGCAACUUCUACCUCGCAACGGAAGCAAGUUUACCCGAUGCUUGGAACGCAGAAGAGGGUGCUCUCAAGAGCGAACGGGGAGGAAGCUGGGUGGGCCCCGCCUCGCUCGCGCGCAGCAGCUACCGCAGAGGCCGGCACCCAGAGGCCGAAGCUGUGCAAAUAUACGGAAGCAGGGAAGCCUUCCAGCGAGAACGCGUUAUCGGGCAGUUGGAGCUUGACCGGAUUUUGACACCGUCUAUCCGGGAUGCCUACGAGACGUUGCCGUUGACAACAGAGCCCGUGAUAGACACAGCCCCCGCCAGGCUGGGCGAGCACCCAGAAAUCUCUGACGACCUCGGCUCAGCUUCGAAGCACUCCGAAGCGGGUGUGCAACAGCAUUCUCUGACUGAGGAUCAGAAAGAGCCAAAGGACUUCUUGCCAAGAGGUCAACCCCGCAGAGAAGCACUUGGCAUGGACGUCCGGAGCCCAUUCCGCGGCAUCUACCGUGAGCUGUACUUGUUGCAUGUGCAUGACGCACCGACCAUCUAUCAGAAUAUUUGCCGUCACUGGGCGUGCCAAACACCGGAAGACUCGACAUGCCCCAGCGUGUUCGAGUUCGCGCUUGCAGUCCGGCCGAGCAUCCUGGCGUCUCGCGGAUGGGGGGUGCUUGAAGAGGCAAUCGUCGUGAAGGCUGCUGUUGUUGGACCGACAAUCACUCGGAUCGGGAAGCGCGUGACCGUAUGUGGCGACACUCUCCAACUCAACAUGCGCCGGUUGGAGGAGACUGACAACUUCGUGGCGGAUGCUGAUGCAUAUGGUGAUCUGGCGGGGAGCUUACGGAUGCCACAGUGCCGUGGGCUCGGAGUUGACGAGCCGAAGCUCAAUCUCUAUCAUGUGCAGAAGCGAGUGCGCACCAUCAGCACUGCACUGGCCCAGUGGCAUCGGUGGCUGAUCAUGCAGGACCACGAGUUCUCGUCCAUCGCAAAGGAUUUGCCGGGAUUUCGGCAUUCCUUCUGCAAAAGCGUUUGCUCCUCACUGGGUCUGCCAGCACAUGGCAACUGUGUGGAGGUCGUGAAUGUCACAAAUGGCAGUGCGACUGCGAUCAUCGCAGAGUUCCUGAUGCGGCCUCGCUCGCACACAGACUCGCGAAGUGGCUUAGAACUUGCUCAGCUUUUGGAGAAGCAGAUCACCUCACCUUACAGUGCAUUGCGAAGGGGCCCGAUCGGUAAAUACCUGGGCAACGCCUUCCUGUUGUCAGCAGCACCCCAGACGGUGUGUGACAGCGAGCUCUUGGGACCGGAGGAGUCCCAAGGCGCAGUUUGGCCUUUGCAGCUGCGGAUGUCUUUUGGUGUGCACCUCCGUCGGAGUGUUCGUGCUCAAGAGUUACAUUCAGCAGACACCGAUAUGUUGUGCAGCAUGCUCCGGAUAGAACCGUCACUGUACCGACAGCGACUAGGUCAAGGGUUUGGUCUUCGAUCACUUGCUUGA